GUGCUUGGCACAACAUAUGACCUCGGUGUCGGUGGUUUGGCAUUCGAUGCGCUUUUACGAGAUCAUUUCACCGAAUUAUUCAAGCAAAAAUACAAGGUUUGGAGUUUCAUUUAAAGUUUGUGAAGUACUUCGAAUUGAAAAAAAAUGA